AUGGCCGCCGCCACGCCUGAUGUUGCAAGGUCAAUGUUAGCGGCCAUCGUCCUGCUCGUCGCCGUUGGAGCGUCGACGACCGUACUGCACCUGGCCGCCGCCGCCGCAGUGCCACCGCUGGACGCAGCCCAGCAUGGUGUUACAGUAAGCGUCAGCCAACGCCAGGUAAUUGUGGACAACGGCAUGGUGCAGGUGACGCUGUCGUCAGCGCCGCAGGGACAAAUCACCAACGUCCGCUACAACGGCGAGCAAAACCUUCUGUACUACACUGGCGGGGGCAACACUGGAGGGUAUUGGGACGUGCUCUGGGACUAUCCCGGAUCAGGUCGGCCAGGAGUGAUCAACAUGUUUGUGAUGCUGAAAGGCAGCUCUGGUUUCUACUGCUACGCCAUCUUGGAGCACGCCAGCAGCUAUCCUGCUCUCAUCGUCGCCGAGUCUCGGAUCACCUUCAAGCUCAACACGGACAUGUCAGUCCCUUCAACUUCACUCACCAAUUCAACUACCUCUACCUCGACCUCGAUCGAUCUCUACAGCUGA